UUAACUAGUCUUAAAUUAAGUGAAGCACAUUGCUCUGAUUAACGUACAAACAAUUCUAUUCUAUACUAUUAAAGAAUUUAGAGAAAUAGUCCUUUUGAUGAUCACUUGUAGGUGUCGGUUGUCACAGUUCAAAUAAUACAACACCACUGAGCCACUACUCACUAGCCAUGGCUGCUGCUGCACAGUCACUUUCACCAUUUUCACUACUUGUCUUAGCAAGAUUUUCAGCUUCCAUUGUUGCCCUUCUUGUUCUUACUUGGGCUCUUCACUUCAAGACUAGCUUUUACCCUCAUUCUUCUUCUCCUCAAGAAGACCUUAUUUAUGCUGUUCUUCAUCCAUUAUUAAUGGUUAUUGGGUUCAUUCUUAUAAGUGGAGAAGCCAUUUUAGUGCAUAGAUGGUUGCCAGGUUCAAGAAAUUUAAAGAAAUCAGUGCAUUUGUGUCUGCAAGGACUGGCUUUGGCUUGUGGGAUUUUUGGGAUAUGGACAAAAUUUCAUAGCAGAGAUGGGAUUGUGGCUAAUUUCUAUAGUUUGCAUUCUUGGAUGGGUAUCAUUUGUGUUACCCUAUUUGGGGCUCAGUGGUUGAUGGGCUUCUUAAGCUUUUGGCACAGAGGAGAGGUGCGAAUGACAAGAAUACGUAUUCUUCCAUGGCAUGUAUUCCUUGGUCUUUACACAUAUGGCUUGGCAGUGGCAACAGCAGAAACAGGACUUCUUGAGAAGUUAACCUUCUUACAAACAAACGGAGCUGUACAGAAACGUUGCACAGAGUCCAUGAUCGUAAAUGGUAUGGGACUCAGCUUAGCUCUCCUCAGUGGCAUGGUGAUAUUUGCUGCUGUGUUGCCAAAGUAUCAAACGCCACAUUCAAGGAGUGUUUACUCUAGUAAUAAGCUACAUUCUUAAGUUUUUCAUACCUGGGCUAUACCCAUAAUUCUCAUGUAAAUACACUAUUUAUCGGUGCUGUUUAUAAAAUGAAGGUUCAAUAAGUUCCUUUUUUCC